AUGGUGCUGUCCUGGGCAAUUUUACUGGCCAAAUACACGGAUUCGCCUGCUAUUGCAUUUGGCAUUAUAUCUGGCUCCGAAGACAAUCAAUGUCACGAUGACACGGCCGUGGACGAGUAUCGUGCUUCCCUGAACCCAGACAGCUGUUUGCCAACUGCGAUUCCUCUGGCCAGCAGGAGGCAAUAUCGGUUUCAUGAGUGGAAGUACGACGCACGGAUUAAUACCUGCAUUGCAAAUACUUCGUGCACAGCUUGGCUGAAUCACUGGGUGAAUUCACCCGACCAUGGAAUUAAACUGGUCCUGGUAGCAAAACAAGGGAGAUUGGCAUGCAUGUCCUUGUAUGGAAAAUCAUCAUACAUCGACGAGGGGUCUCUUCGCUUCUUGUGUACGGCAUUCCAGCAUAUUCUACAUGGUGUAUUGGAGAGUCCGACGGGACUGCUGAAGAGCAUCGAGGUAACUCCUAAUCAUCACUACCAACAGAUUCUCGAUUGGAACUCAAAUAUUCCCAAAAAACCAUUGGCAGAACGCAUCCAUGAUGUCAUUCAGAGAAGAUGCAAGGAAACCCCUAAUGCAGAAGCCAUCUGCGCCUGGGAUGGUACCAUGACCUAUGCCGCCUUGGACCAAGAGUCAACUAAAACCAUGGAAUAUCUGCGUCAUCACGGGGUUGAACCGGAGACAAUCGUCCCGCUGUUGUUCGAGAAGACCAAGUGGACUGCAGUGGCCGUGUUGGGGGUGCUCAAGGCUGGAGCUGCGUUUGUAUUGCUGGACGCUUCGCAUCCCAUUGAACGUCUUAAAAGCAUCUGCUGUGAUAUUGGGACCUGUAUCAUUCUGACUUCCGACUUCUGCAAAGAACUCGGCUCGAAUCUGGCUGAUAUGACAAUGUCAGUCCCCAGCGACGUCGAGCGAAAUCUACCAUACAGUGACGGAGAGAUGGGACCCUGUACUCUCGUUCAACCGAGAAACGCGGCGUAUGUGGCUUAUACGUCAGGGUCAACAGGGAAGCCAAAGGGGGUUAUCAUAGAACAUACCUCAUUUUGCAGCAAUGCAAUGGUUAGUUCUGAAGCUCAAAAUCUGAACCGCUCCUCCAGGGUGCUACAAUUCGCAUCAUAUGCGUUUGAUGUUAGUAUCCAUGAAACCUUGGUCCCUCUCAUGCUCGGAGGCUGUGUUUGUAUUCCCUCGGCGUCACAAAGGGUAAAUAAUCUCCAAGAAGCCAUUAUCCAGCUGCGUGUCAAUUGGAUGGAACUUACUCCAUCAGUGACUCGCCUUCUGAAUCCCCACAAGAUCCCCGAUGUCAAGACACUGGUCGUUGGGGGCGAGUCCAUCUCGCCGGCAGAGCUCGCCCGCUGGGCAGAUCACGUUCGUCUAAACGUGGCCUAUGGUCCGGCGGAAUGCACAGUGGUAUCCAUGGUGCAAUCAAAUGUCACGAAACAUGCUGAUCCUUUAUCUAUCGGUCGGGGAUGCGGGGGUUCCGUGUGGAUUGUUGAACUGGAGAACCAUAACAUGCUGGUACCAAUCGGUGCAGCGGGUGAGCUUGUUAUUGGAGGUCCGAUUGUGGGCAGGGGAUACUUGAAUCGGCCCGAACAGACUGCCGCUGUCUUUAUCCAAAACCCGCUGUGGCAAGCGGAAAAUAAUUCGCGCUUCUACAAGACGGGCGAUGUGGUGCGUCAGAAAGCCGACGGAAGUAUCGUCUUUCUGGGCCGCAAGGAUACGCAGGUGAAAUUGCGAGGCCAGCGUAUUGAGCUGGGGAGAUCGAACAUCACGUCGCAGGUUUCUUUCCUGGUGCUGCUGUGGCUGUGGAGUGGGGCAAAUUGCUGCUGGGCCAUCCGAAAUGACAAUAAUCAAUUUACGUCCAAUGUGCAGCGGGCCAAGGCAGGGCUCUCGCAGAUUCUGCCUUCCUAUAUGAUCCCCGAUGUCAUAGUUCCCUUGUGUACUAUCCCUCUAUCACAUUCAGCCAAAGUGGACCGGAAGGCUUUGCAAGCCAUGAUACCCCGCUGGUCUAAGGAGGAGGUCAAAUUAUACCAGGUCACAACGCACUCCCCCAGCCUUAACCGAUCCCCACAUGGUGUUGGGCAGAAACAUGCUCAAAUGGUUCAAAUAGUUGCUCGUGUACUAUCGCUUGAUCCGAGCGAGAUUGGGGAGCACGAUAACUUUUUCCAGUUGGGUGGUGAUUCGCUUUCCGCCAUCAUGCUUUCUAGGGAGACCGACACCAUGCCACUGGUCUACUUGACAGUGGCGGAUAUUUUCCAAAGUACCUCGAUAGCCGAGAUGUCUCAUCGCUCGCAGAAGAAGUCUCUGCUAAAGUCUAUGCGGCCUGGUGUACCUGCAAAUGUUUUGCCGUUCUCCCUGUUAGACCCGAUGAAGAUCGACAACUAUAGGGAACUUACAGCAGAGCAUUGUGAUGUAAACCCCUCUCAAAUUGAGGACAUAUACCCAUGCUCGCCGAUCCAGGCACGCCUAAUGGCCAGAACUGCCCGUCAACCAGGCGCUUUUCAAGGGAGUUUCAAUUUCCGCUUGUCUCCCGGGAUCGACUGGGAGCGGCUACACUGGGCUUGGAAUAAAGCUAUCGAUGCCCUCCCUAUUUUGCGAACUAGAAUCAUCAAUACAUGGCAACUGGCGGAUGGCAAUCCUCUUCAGGUUAUCGUUCGCGGCAAAGAUAUUGACUGGGUCGAGGUAGAGACAGCAAGUGAGAGCGAACCAAGCAGUUUCAUGACAUUUGGUUCUCCCCUGAUAUUUUGUGUUGCAGUGCGUCAUAAGGUGAGUCCAGUCCUUAUUCUCAAUAUCCACCACGCGUUAUUCGACUUGGUGGUAUUCGAGCAGAUCCUCGAGGCAGUGGAAGCCGCAUACAGGGGCAAUCCUCUUGUCUGGCGACCGUUUUCGCCGUUCAUUAAAUACGUUCAAGAUCUGGACAGCUCUCAAGCAAUGGAAUUCUGGAAACAGGAAUUCAUUGGUCUCCGGGCAAAUCUAUUUCCCGCGAACAGAACCCAUAUAAGGUCAAAUCUCGACGCCAUCCGCUGGACUCGCAAAAGCUUUCAUCUCGGUCCUCGUAAUCAAUCAGGAACCACAAUAUCUUCCGUGAUCCGCCUGGUAUGGGCCAUGGUACUCUCGCAGUAUACUGGCUCUCCUGACGUGGUGUUCGGUGCCACCGUCAUGGGCCGCAAUAUGCCUGGCACUUCUGAUGUAGGUGGGCCCACCAUCGCUACGUAUCCCCUCCGCAUCACCCUCCGGGGCGAAGAAAGUAUCAAAGAAGCACUACAGCGGGUUCAGAAUCAUGGAAUUGCCAUAGCCCCUUUCGAGCAGUUUGGUAUUCAGCAUAUCCGACAGUCUAGCCUGGAGUCCGCCAUCGCCUGCAAUUUCCAAAACAUGCUAGUCAUUCAGCCGUCGUCGGAUAACAGCUUCCUGGCAAAGCGGGACUCGUCACCAUUGCUGGUAUUGGAGGAAUGCGGCUCUUGGAAGGAGACGUCAUACGUGAAAUUCAGCACCCAGGCGUUGAAUGUUGUGUGCGAGCCGGGCGCCGAUCAUUUGGAAGUGACAGCGUAUUUCGAUCAAAAUAUCAUGUCCUCACAAGAUGUGAUAGAAAUCCUAAACUGCAUGAAUCGUCUACUCCAGCUCGUGUUGCAACACCCUCAUGCCUCAAUGGGGACAAUUCUUAGUCAAAACCGACAGUUUGACGGAGAAGUAGAUCAUUAUGAGGAACGCACAUCAUUGGCAAGAUUGGAACAGGCGGCUUGCCAGUAUCUGGGGAACGGAAUCCCUGUUGCAGCAGAGUGGAUUAUCCCCAAAGCAUCCCAUGUUCCCAAACUGGCGCUGUUUGUCGGUGUUUUGAGUUUGAAUACCGUGUCAGACGAUGCAUGGGUACUGGCGGAGGUGAAGGAGCCUCUACGCGCUCGUCUGCUUCAGAUGAUGGAUGAUUUCCAAAACAACCCACUUCGACGUACCAUUCCAUUCUGCUGUAUUCCCGUGCCAUUGCAGUAUAGACCGUCCAAGCCUGGUCUCCUCCUUGAUCGAGCUCGUGCGCGAGAGGGUGUGUCAAAACUCACGUGGAAGAUGUUGACAUUAUGGCAAAAUCCACCAAAUUGUGGUUCCGAGGUGCCUUUGUUGCCUCUUGAGGCGACUUUGAGACAGGCCUUAGCUACAGUGCUAUGUUUGGAGUCUGAUUCAAUCGGGGUCCAUGACGACCUGGUUUCCCUAGGAUGCGAUUCACUUGUCGCCAUGCAGUUUACUGCUCAGUGUAAUCAACAAAACUUGAGAGUAACCAUCUCAGACAUCUUCCAAGCAACCUCGCUGAGCUCCCUUGCGUCGACGCUCCAUAGUCGUCCGUCCGGGGACCCCACGCCAACAUCGGAAGCUUUUUCUUUGUUAAGGCCGAUGUACGUGGACCGAGCGUCAUUUGAGCGAGAUAUCCAAGAGUCGAUCGACGGGUGGGACAUCAAAGAUUCAAUUGAUGUAUUCCCAUGCACCGCCGUUCACCUGGGACUUCUUUCUGGACUUGGCACCUGUCAAUCCUAUACGAUCUGGGAGGUCGGGAGUCCUGAAGAGCGGGUCGAUCCUGCACAUCUUGCCAAAGCUUGGCUCCAGCUCGUGAAUCGCCAUGCAGCACUUCGAACCCUUCUCCUUCCUAGUCGUUCAAAUCCGUCCCAGUGGUUCCAUGUGGUGUUGAAGUCAUCUCCCAUUGCUGUCAAAUUGAUGACUAACUUAGAGGAUGCCAGUGUUUUGAAGGUCGCUAGGAGGCCUCUUCUAUCGAAGGGUGGUCUAGGGGGUGCUCCUUACAAGUUCGCAAUCUAUCAAAGUACCACGGGAAGGACUCUCUGCAAGCUCGAGGGCAGGUAUGCCUUCCUCGAUGCGUUCUCAGUGCUAGUCCUCAUGAAGGAACUUCGACUUAUUCUUGAUUUUCUUCCUAUUUCCGAUCGACUGCCACCCCCCUAUGCCUCCUGGGUUGCCUAUUUGCGUCGAUGGAGGGAAAAUCCGUUGCAUCUGCAAUUCUGGGACCGAUAUCUCGCUGGCCUCAAGCCUUGCGUUCUACCCGCUUUUCGAAAUCAUCACAAUCAGCAGUACCAAGGCUGCCAGUAUCAUGGAAUCAAUGAAACCAAUGGAAACAGCUCUCGAGUGAUGAAAUCACACCGCCAAACUAUAGUACAAGAUAUUGUCGCGUUUCGCAAUCAUUGUGAUCAACUGGAAACUACCAUAACCAACGUCCUCCAGGUAGCUUGGGCGCUCGUGCUAAGAGAGCAAACUGGGACAGACGACAUCUGCUUUGGGACGCUGGUUUCAGGCCGCGAUGUGCCAGUUCAUGACAUUGGCAAUAUCGUUGGGUCGUUCUUCAAUGUUGUCGCGUGUCGCAUUGAGAUGCAGGCCACCGAGAGUAUCGGACCCGUUCUUCUGCAAAACCAUCGUAUGAUGCGCGAACGAGCUUCACACCAGUUUUGCUCCCUGCAGGAAGUGACACGGCUAGUUCUCAAGGCAGGCCCCGAUGCCUCGUCAUUAUUCAACACCUGUCUGUCGGUCGAGCAGCCGCUGUCAGAUAAGACCGAAACAGGAAAUCGCUUCAUUGCGCUCGAAACUGUGGAAGAAACCGAGUAUGACUUGAUUAUUACCGCGACAGUAUUCCUGGACAGGAUCGAGGCCAACAUCAUGUAUUGGUCUUACUUUUUUAAUCCAGUUCGCGCAGCUACAAUUGCGGAAAAAUUUUCCCAGUCGAUUGAACGCAUAAUCUCAUGUACCCAGGAAUCUCGCGAUCAUGUGCAAUAG